UUCUUUUUUAGCUAUGUUGCAACAUCAAAUGAUAUGUGAUUAUAAUUAACAACUUAUAUUCACUUGAUACACGAAUAAAAUGAAUAUGACAUUAUAAAAUUGAGUAAUGGAACCUUUUAUGUCCAUUGAAGAGAUUUGAUGGUUUUGGGUUGCAAUUGGAUUUAUAGAAUCAAAAGGGACUUCAAAUCUACUAAUGAAAAAUGAUGAAGGAUGUAGAGUGUAAGAUUUAGAUAUUCUUUUUAAUCUUCGUAAGCCGUCUUUCACAUCUCUUUCCCUUCAUCCUUCCCUCUCACAAACAAGGAACUCUGGUUCGUCUCUCCGGCCAGACCUCCGUCGUCGUCUUCCUCUCUCUACACCUUAAUACACCGUCGCAGAGUUUUAGGUACGAGAGAAGAGAAGAUAACGGAGGAGAGGAAAGGAGUUAACACAGAAAAGGAUUUCAAGAUGCAGCCAACCAACGGCAGCGGCGGCGGUGAUUUGACCCAGCAACAACAGCAGCAACAGCAACAGUGGUUGGCGAUGCAGCAGUUCCAGCAACAACAAUGGUUAGCGAUGCAGCAGUACCCGGCGGCGGCUGCGUCAAUGGGGAUGCACCAUCCAGCGAUGAUGUACCAACAACCACCGCCACACUAUAUGCCUUAUCAUUAUCAGCAGCAGCAGUAUCAGCAACAGCAGUCGCAACAAUCGCAAAAAGGCAAUCAGAUUCAGACUUCGAGCGAAGAUAAUAAGACGAUCUGGGUUGGCGAUCUACAGCACUGGAUGGACGAAGCUUACCUUCAGUCGUGCUUCGCACAGACCGGCGAGGUAUCAUCCAUAAAGCUGAUUCGCAACAAGCAGACUGGUCAAUCAGAGCGUUAUGGAUUCAUCGAGUUCUUGUCUCAUGAAGCUGCAGACAAAGUCCUUCAAAGCUACAAUGGAACAAUGAUGCCAACCACAGAUCAAGCUUUCCGAUUGAACUGGGCUAGCUUUAGUACCGGAGAAAAACGUGCAGAAAUAGGCUCAGAUCUUUCUAUAUUCAUAGGAGAUUUAGCUCCAGAUGUUACUGAUACAAUUCUGUAUGAAACAUUCGCUGGUAGAUAUCCCUCUGUGAAAGGUGCCAAAGUCGUUGUUGAUACAAACACCGGGUGUUCAAAAGGGUAUGGAUUUGUUAGGUUUAGCGAUGAAAAUGAAAGAACAAGGGCUAUGAAUGAAAUGAAUGGUCAGUAUUGUUCAAGUAGGCCUAUGCGCAUUGGUGUUGCUACCCCUAAAAAAGCACCUAUUCAACAACAAUAUGGACAACAACAAUACUCAUCUCAAGCUGUGUUAUUAGCUGGUGGAAAUGGUGGAUUUGGUGCUAUUCCUCAAAACUCUCAGUCUGAUGGAGACUCCUCAAACACAACAAUAUUUGUGGGGGGACUUGACUCUGAGGUUACUGAUGAAGACUUGAGGCAAACAUUUUCUCAAUGUGGAGAGAUUUUAUCUAUUAAAAUACCUCUAGGAAAAGGAUGUGGUUUUGUGCAAUUUGCAAACAGAAGCAGUGCCGAGGAUGCAAUUCAGAAUAUGCAUGGCACAGUGAUAGGGAAGCAGACUGUUCGUAUAUCGUGGGGUAAAACGCCUGCUAAUAGACAGAGGAUGGGUGGUUCCAAUGGAAACUACUACCAGAAGCAAGGUGGUUAUGGUGGUGGUGGUUAUGGAUAUGGUGGCCAACAGACUCAAGAUUCCGGUAUGUAUGGUGGUGCAGAUGCAUCCACUUAUGAAUCAAACGGGUACAACCACCAUCAGCAGCCUGUGAGCUGAUGUUCCUCGAAUUUAUUCAAAGUCUGAACACCAUAUGAUAAGAUUUUAAAAACCUAUUAAUGUUCCUUUUGUGGGAUAUAUAUUUUUCUAUGAAUGUAACUGGAAUUUUGUGAGCCAUUCUUUUUCUAUAUUACUGCUUAAAGACAGUUAAUUAAUUAGGAUAUUUAAGCUUUUGAUUCUACUUACUUUUUGUGUUGAUAAGGGUUUUGGAGUUGCAAGUUUUAGUUUUGAGUCGUUCCUUAAGGUAGGUGCCCCGGAUUUGGUUUCUUUAAUCGUAUAUAUAAAAGUGAUUCCUCCAGUCCUUUGGGCCUCUGGGCAUUACCCUUUAAAGAUUUGUAGCUUUUGUUGAUAGAUAUAUGUUUCAGAACUUUUUUUUUUGGUCUACA